AAAGCCUUUUACCAAAAUUUCCUUGUUCUGGCCCUCACGCCACCCCACGCCAACCCGUCCUCCAUCGUGGCGGAUCGAUCCAUUCUUCAAGGUAAGGCAAUCAAAAACUAAAACACCAAACUAUCUUCUUCAUCAAUUCAUCACUAUCAACACCAUGGAAAAAGUUAAUUUUAGAACCCAAAUUUUAAACGGCCACCUCCAAAACCACCGCCACGCAACCUCCACCGCCGCCAUAAUUUCCGCCUCACCAUGCGUCAGCUACGUGCCGCCGGAAGUUUCCGAACAACCCUUUUCGUUCGACGUGAGUUCAAUGAGGAAACUGAUGGAUGGGCACAACUUGGGUGAAAGGGACUGGCUUUUCAACCUCAUGGUACAGAGCAAGCUUUUCAAUCCCAGGCUUAGAGGUGGCAAAGUAUUUGUGGUGCCAGAUUAUAAUCACUCCAUGGAGCAGCAGAGAGAGAUCACUAUGAAGAGAAUUGAGUAUUUACUGGAUCAUGGAGUAUUUAAGGGGUGGUUGACUGGUAAAGGCCCUGAAGCUGAGAUGAAAAAGUUUGCUCUUUUGGAGGUUAUUGAGAUUUUUGAUCACUCUCUUGCAAUCAAGAUUGGAGUGCACUUCUUUUUGUGGGGUGGUGCCAUCCAGUUUUUUGGCACAAAGCGACAUCACGAUAGGUGGUUGAGUGCGACAGAAAAUUACUUGAUUAAAGGAUGCUUUGCCAUGACAGAAUUGGGGCAUGGAAGCAAUGUUCGAGGCAUUGAAACAACUGCAACUUAUGAGGCAAACACAGGAGAGUUUGUAAUCAACACUCCAUGUGAAACAGCUCAAAAGUACUGGAUUGGUGGUGCAGCUAAUCAUGCAACGCAUACAAUAGUUUUUUCUCAGCUCAAUAUUGAUGGAAACAAUCAAGGUGUCCAUGCUUUUAUCACCCAGAUCAGAGAUGAAAAUGGGAACGUCUGUCCCAAUAUUCGGAUUGCUGAUUGUGGUCAUAAGAUUGGUUUAAAUGGCGUUGACAAUGGUCGAAUCUGGUUUGACAAUGUUCGCAUUCCUAGAGAAAAUUUAUUGAACUCAGUUGCUGAUGUUUCCCCAGAUGGAAAAUAUUUGAGUGCAAUAAAGGAUCCAGACCAGAGAUUUGCUGCAUUCCUGGCUCCUUUGACAUCUGGACGAGUAACUAUUGCAGCUAGUGCAGUGUACUCAGCAAAGAUAAGUUUAGCAAUCGCCAUAAGAUAUGCAUUGACAAGGAGAGCAUUUUCAAUCACAGCAAAUGGUCCUGAAGUCCUUUUGCUCGAUUACCCUAGCCAUCAGCGCCGCCUCCUGCCUCUUCUUGCAAAGACGUAUGCGAUGAGCUUUGCUAGUAACUACUUGAAACUGUUGUACGUUAAGAGGAGUCCUCAACUGAUCAAAACCAUCCAUGUAGUAUCUAGUGCAUUCAAGGCUACUCUGACUUGGCAUAACAUGCGAACUCUUCAGGAAUGCCGCGAAGCCUGUGGUGGGCAAGGAUUGAAGACAGAAAAUCGAAUUGGCCAACUGAAAGGUGAAUAUGAUGUGCAGUCUACUUUUGAGGGUGACAACAAUGUUCUUAUGCAACAGGUUAGCAAGGCUCUGCUGGCAGAGUAUGUAGCAGCAAAAAAGAGGAAUAAACCCUUCAAAGAGUUGGGGUUAGAACAUAUAAACAGAUCAUGCCCAGUUAUUCCAGCUCAGCUUACCAGUUCAAUGCUUAGGAGCACUCAAUUUCAGAAUGAUAUCUUCUGUCUAAGAGAAAGAGAUUUAUUAAACCGCUUUGCUGCUGAAGUCUCGCAAUACCAAGCGCAGGGGGAAAGUAAAGAGUCUGCAUUUGUUGUGAGUUAUCAGGUUGCUGAAGAUUUGGGCAAAGCCUUCUCGGACCGAGCAAUUUUGCAGAUUGCUAUAGAAGCCGAGAAUAAUGUGACAGAUGCCUCAAUUAAGGUAUGUGGAGACCAUUUUCUUUCAAACUCUGUUAAGUAGUUGGUUUAAUGGUUG